CAGGGGUGGACUGACACCUCAUGUGGCCCCCCGGGCAAUAGAGGAUCAUGGGGCCCUGUGUUCUUGCCCAAACUCAAUAAAGCCUAUGAAAAAGGUACCAGGGGCAUCUCAUGGGGCCCCCUACUGACCCCCCGGCCUUCUGGCAGUGCCCAAGUUUCCAAAUGGUCAGUCCGCCCCUGGUUCUCCCUUAGCCUCUGCAAAGUGCCAGAGGAGCUGGACCACUGAGCAAUGGAAGAAGGUGGCCUAGUCUGAUGAAUCACAUUUUAUUUUAAAUCAUUGAUCAGACUGACACAUUGUAACUUUGCAGAAAG